AUGUUUCUGUCAAAUGCCAAUCCCAGCAAAGAUGAGGUCGUGCUCAUAUCUAUGACUUCCAAAGGAGUUGCUUCUCAUCACGAGUCAGGCGUCGGCGAAACUCCCUUGGCAGAUCUUGCGCCCCAGACCUCACAUGUUUACCACAACGCCCUUGACAGUCCAAUAUGGCUCCCCCGCCGAUCAACAAGCUCGGGUGGUGUCGGCGCACGCAUUCAUCGCGGCUUGGCAAGCGAGAAAGAGAUGACUCUUCUGAGCUGCUGCCGACACUUUCCCAAGGCGAUUAUAUGGUCUUUUCUUCUCUUCCUUACCGUUGUAAUGGAGGCGUACGAUAAGUCACUCAUCUCCGGCUUCCUUGCCUUUCCGUCCUUUAGACGUAGGUACGGAGAACCCAAGCUACCACUUGCUGGCUCCGCUGGGGAGCCAGACUAUGAGAUCUCGCCAAUGUGGCAAAUGGGGCUUCAAAAUGCUGCCGUCGGUUGCGAGAUCAUAGGCCUUCUUGCCCAUGGUUAUAUCUCAUAUGCGAUUGGAUACCGCAAGAUGAUGAUCGGCGCGCUUGUGUGGAUGUGUCUUGCAGUGUUCCCGGCUUUCUUCGCUAACAACAUCGCUCUGCUACUUGCCUCCCAAGCUCUCUGUGGCUUGUCGUGGGGUGUGAUUCAAACUUUGGCAGCGACCUAUGCUGCUGAAGUAGUACCCUCAGUCAUCCGUGCCGCCAUCCUCAGUAAUGUCAAUAUGUGUUGGCUGGUUGGCCAGCUCAUGGGCACCGGAAUACUGCGCGCGCUCAUCAACAAUACAUCAGACUGGUCGUAUCGCCUACCAUUUGCCCUGCAAUGGGCAUGGGCAGCCCCAUUGCUGUUCCUCAUCUACUUUGCCCCUGAAAGCCCUUGGUGGUUAAUCCGUCACGAGAGGCUAGCAGAAGCUCGACAUUCACUACAAAGACUCACGAGCAACAAGCACAUUGACAUUGAGGAUACAAUCGCGAUUAUGCAGCACAUUGAUUCGACAGAGAAGAAACUAGGAUACGGUGGCUCAAGCUUCCUAGAUCUAUUCAGAGGCUGUAACCGUCGCAGGACCGAAGUGUGCUGCCUUACCUGGUCUUGCCAAGCUCUAUGUGGUGCCACCUUGACGGGAUAUGCCCCAUACUUCCUAGAACAAGCAGGCUUCGAAUCCACCAAAUCAUUCACUCUAGCUACAGGAAUGUAUGGACUCGGCAUUCUAGGCGGCAUGAUAUCGUGGAUCUUACUAUCAACAAUUGGACGACGAAAGCUCUACCUAGCCGGCUUGGUGGCUGCGUUGCUUAUUCUCACCACAGGCGGCACCCUGUCAAUCGUCAUGGCCAACCACUCAUCGCUGAAUUGGGCGCUUGGGUCCCUGAUCAUCCUCAUGACAUUUACUUAUAAUAUGUCCAUCGGUCCGGCCUGCUAUGUCAUUGUGGCCGAGAUACCUUCAACAAGGCUUCGGGUCAAGACCAUUGCCCUCGCGAGGAUUGUUUAUAACAUAUUCACUAUUAUUAAUAACUUUGUCGCACCACAGCUUUUGAACCCGUCUGCAUGGGACCUAGGUGAUAUCCUUUUCGACAAGGGGGCUCCUACAGCCAAGUUCAAAGAACUACAAGAUAGACUUGCCAAUUCGGCGUAUAUCUCUAUGUCAAAGGCAGAACGGGUCAGGAAUGCCUGGCAUGGUUGGCUGGCUUAUUCCUAG